AUGACUAGAGCCAGUAGUUCUAAGCGAGCACUCUUGAGAAUCAAGUGUCGCGAGGCCUUGUCCACACACAUCUGUAAGCUUCGAUCCUAUGAUGGUUCUCAAAUUACUGCUAACCUCUUCGUGGAUAAGCGACUGGGUCUCACCAUAGCACCUGACAAGGUCCGGUUGCAACCCCUCCCAAGUGACGGUUACUCUUGGUCAGCCACGGGUACGACUGCUGCACUCUUGAAGAAAGGUCUCAGUAGCGGCAACAUUCGGUUCUAUCAAUCCAUCUGCGAGGAAUUGGGGCGCUCUCUUGAAGCGGUCCCUGUGCAAGUCUUGAAACGCACGGCAAAGGACAAAGCGAAUGAGGGUCACAUCGCAGAACUAUGUUCCAGUUCUUUUACAGAAACGAUUUUGCAGCUUAAAGUCGCAAUUUCCAAGCUGAAAGAAGAGUUGAGCUGCGCUUAUGAGCACCUGAGCCAGUCACAGGCUGAAAAUUACCGCCUAGAUCAAGCCCUCUCUCACACUCGCAACGAGCUAGAAAACUCGACAUUCGAGAACAGCAUUUUCAGGAACGAGCUAUUGAGUUCAGAAGUCAGAAUUGCUAAGGCAAUUCAAGUUUUGGAAGUAACAGCAGGGAAGACAGCAACCGAAAGUCCAGAGGAUCUGCCGAUGGAAGACUGA